CCGAGUUGCCCCCAAGGACUAUCGGAUCACACAAUGGACGACCCUUCAGCAAGGUCAUAUCCUCGGAGCAACGGCGCAUCCGACCCCCGCGAAGACGGCCGCCCGGCGAAGCGGCCGAGAGAAGACCCUGUGCGGGCACGCGUAAGCAGAGCCUGCGAUCGUUGCAAAGCGCGGAAAUCUCGAUGUUCCGGCACUUGGCCGUGUGUCUUCUGUUCUCACCUGAAGCUCGACUGUCAAUUCACUGCGGCCCAUCGACGGGGUCAGCUUCUUCCUACGAUCGAUGGUGAGAGUGGCAACUCUCUGCAGAAACAACUGUCGGGACAAGUACGCCCGUCGUUGCCUAUCGAGGCCACCCCCGAACGGGGGAGUAGCUCCAAUGGCGGCGAUCGCAGAGAAUUAUUCGCCGACAUGGCAUCCUCCCGGUUGACCCCGGCUGUUACUGCAGACUUAGACCUGGUAUCAACAACAGCGACGCGGUCCGUAGCUGAGAUACGGUCUGAUGAUAAUCCGGAUCACAAUGCCACGCGCAAGGCCCAGACAAGUGACCAUAUUGUUCCCCAUUCAAUGCGCAACUCUCCCGAGCCGUCACAAACCGAUGAGCAAGGCCACUAUGUCGGUCCCGCGUCCGGUGUUUCGUUUCUUUUACGCGUUCAGCAGAAGCUACAGAUCCAGUCUCCAGGGUACUUGAACUCCUCAGUCUUCAACUUUGGAGAUCGACCGCUCCCCGGGCACGAUAUAUCAUUCGCCAUCCUGCCACCAAAGCCUCUAGCGGAGUCUAUGGUACGGCGGUAUUUUGACUUUGCAGCCGCGACGCACCGUUUCUUACAUCGUCCAUCCAUAGAGGCAUGGCUCGAGGAAUUAUACGAGACGAACGGAGCUAUGCUAUAUCAGGAGUCGGCUCGGAGUCGGACUGCCUUGCUCUUUAUGGUGUUUGCGCAAUCAAACAAUUACCGGAGCCGAUCGAAAACCGACACAAAAGAUUGGACUGCAGAGUCGGCCGAAACAGGCGCUCGGUUCUUUGCGGUUGCAGAACACCAACUAUCCAUGGAAAAAGGCCAGAUACGACUGGCCAACGUUCAAGCACGGUUAACACAGUGCUUUUACCUACUAGCACAAUCGCGCCUCAACCAUUGCUGGACACUCUUCGGGAUCACCGCACAUCUCGUGUUGGCGCUGGGAAUACAUCGGAAAUCUCGCGUCGAUCUUGAGAGUUCGAGCCGGGUCGAUUACAUUGACCGAGAGUGUAGGAAGCGGACUUUCUGGUGCGCCUACAACCUCAAUACAUACCUGAGUGCCGCGCUGGGGAGGCCCAUGACAUUCCAUGAUGAAUGGAUCGACCAAGAGUUGCCUCUUUGCGUUGAUGAUGAACAACUUCGCCUAAGCCCUGGCCCGCCACCAGCGGUUCUUGGGCCGUCAAUAACAUCGGCUACGGUAGCUCAAAUCAAGUUGUCCAGAAUACUCGCUGGAAUUCUGCGAGCCCUCUACGGCAUUCACGCUCCAUCAACCGAAGAGCAUUUCACGCUUGCUGCAAAGUUCAACGGGCAGCUAUCAAAAUGGCGAGAAGAUAUCGCAUAUCUCCUCGAUACAGACGGAAGCUCUGCCAUGUUUGUCAAGCUGGUCCUGCGACAGCGCGAUGUUCUUAAACUCGCCUAUUGGCAUGCUCAAAUCCUGGUUCACAGGCCAUUCUUACUAAAGUCUUUCACAAGCCUGGCGAACUAUGGGGUCCACGGCGAGUUGUUGUCAUCUAGGCCACAGGAAAUGCAACAAAAUAUUAAAAUUUGUAUCGAUGCUGCAACGCAGAUCACCGAGCACAUUGAUCGAAUCAACGCCGCCGGCGAGUUUUAUAGUACAUUAUUCUUCAUCCCAUAUUAUGGCUUCAGCGCCGUUGUUAUCCUAUACGUUUACGCCAUCCAGCAACGGUCAGAGCUUCCCGAAAGCUACACGAGACAUUUCCGCUUGGCCUCGAAAUGUCAUGCUCAACUUGAGAGCAUUGCAGUAAAAGGAUCGCUAAUGCAACGAUACGGAGUCGUCUUGCAGGAAUUGCGCCUUGAAGUACUUCGAAACAAUAGUUACCUCGCGUCGGUGUCGACCCCACGAGCUGGAGGAUCCGCUGGGGAUGAGAGUCGCUUGGGACAACCCGAGCGUGCACAAAGUUCUCAAGCGAACGAAACGGGUAUAGGGCAACGGACUGUUGAUGCAAGUUUGGCCGUAAAUACCAGCGGCUUGGGGGUGCGAGAUAAUCGAGACUUUGACUGUCGAGGGGGAGGAACUGAACCUAGUGGAGAUAUGCCUGCAACUUCUACAAGUACGAUAGAUGUUGCAGAUGGUGACUUAGCGCACAUGACUAGUUGGGGCCAGUUUGAUUCUCUGGUCACAGGCGGCACGGGCACUUUGGAUGCGAUUCCUCAGGGCGACGUAUGGGACACUAUCAACGCUACGGGGUUUAAUACUUGGUGAAAAUUCUGUACGAU